UCUGUUGCUGUUCGUUUGCGUCUCCGGCUUCCUUCUUCACACUUUACCGCGUUCAUGGAGGACUGGUGCAGAGGAAUGUGAUAGUCAGAAGAUCAACUGCAGAAAUGACCCCCUCAAAAGAAGGCAUGACCUCCCUCAUUGAGAGGACCAUAAAGCUGAGGAAGGAGGAACAGGCACGGCAGGUCGUUCUGGCUUGGGCUGUGCUCAAUAUGUCUCUGGCUGGGAUGAUCUACACUGAGAUGUCUGGAAAGCUUCUAAGCAGAUACUACAACAUAACUUACUGGCCCAUCUGGUAUAUCGAACUUGCCCUGGCUUCCCUGUUCAGUCUCAAUGCACUUUUUGACUUCUGGAAGUAUUUCAAGUACACGAUGGCCCCGUCCACAAUUGUUGUCAGCCCAGACCAGCAUCGCCUUCUUGGACUCAGGGGCUCGGGUAUUCAAGCCUCUCCACCUCAGAAACAGGAGAAGAAGGAAGCUCCAGUGUCAGUGCAGUCCUCGCCUCUGCAGGGUCAGAAUGUCCUCAGUUUCAGCCCAGCUCGACCUUCGAGCACCAGCCCCAAGUUUUCACCCAGCUGUGUGUCUGGAUUCAGUCCACCUCUGAGCAGCACGUCCUCAGGCGGACCCUUCUCCCCCUCCAUGUCAUUUGGAAAGGUGUUGAACUACAGUCCAUCUCAAAGUUCUCCUCCAUAUCCCAGCAGCCUCGGUCCAGCAGAAAACACCAGCCUCCGCUCUCGUUAUCGCACGUCCCCUUCUGUUUUUAAUUCACCUGGAGGUAAGGAGGACUGCAUCGAUGACCUGAAAACUUUGGAGAAGUUUUUGCGUUCGGAAGAGGAGAAAAGCCACCGCAGUCAAUUAGGAAGUCCUGAGUCUACAUCUCCAAGACACAGUCCGUCAUUCUGGAACUACAACCGUACAGUUGGUGAUUAUGCACAGAGCCUGAGGAAGUUCCAGUAUCAGCCGGCCUGUCGAUCACAAGCACCUUCAGCUCAUAAAGACGACACAGAGCUGGGCUCUAAACAGGCUGCUGAAGAGGUCUGGGCUAGAAUCACAACGAGUCGUUUGGUGACGGAUAGCAUUGACAGCUGGACUGCUAAAUUGAGAAACUGGAUAAAUGACACCAUUCUCGUUCAUCUGGUCAAAGAGAUGGACUCAAUCAACAGUCAGCUCAGGAGGAUGGGCUGCCCUGAGCUCCAAAUUGGAGAGGCCAGUAUCAGCAGUCUCAAACAAGCUGCCGUAGUCAAAGCUUCCGCAAUCCCCACCCUCAAUGCCAUCGUGCAGUAUUUGGACGUCACACCAAACCAAGAGUACCUGGUGGAGAGAAUCAAGGAACUCGCCCACAGCGGCUGCAUGAGCUCUUUCCGCUGGAAUGGAGGAGGAGAUCUGAAAAACCGGAAGUGGGACACAGACCUUCCUACAGACUCUGCUAUCCUGAUGCACGUGCUGUGUACAUACCUGGACUCACGGCUGCCCCCACAUCCGAAGUAUCCCGACGGAAAAACCUUUACAUCUCAGCAUUUUAUGCAGACGCCGAAUAAACCAGACGUAUCCAAUGAGAACCUGUUCUGCAUCCAUCAAAGUAGCACAAAUCCUCCUCAUUAUCAGCUCGUCUACCAGGGACACGUUUACAGCUUGCCCAAAGGCAGAAAUAACUUGUUUCAUACAAUCCUCAUGUUCCUCUACAUUAUUAAAACCAAGGAGUCCGGCAUGUUGGGGAGAGUAAAUCUAGGCCUUUCGGGUGUGAAUGUACUGUGGAUCUUCGGUGACUGAGAUGCGACACAUCAGUAUUUGCCACAAAGAAAACAAAAUCACUGCACAAACACUGGGAUGUGAUAAAGACUUUUUUUUACCUUUACACUGUUGUGAUGUUGCAUGUCUUUUGAGAUGCAUCGUACCGUCAUAUCACUUACAACUUCGAAUGCAAAUACAGGUGGAGUACAGGAAGUCAUUUUAGCCGAAGGAAAUGUUUUAAUCUUCAAUGCUGAGAUGUUUAUGACUUGAAAAAAGUGCCCAGUGGACCUUUUGUUCCACAGGAUUUUUGUAUCUUGCUCUUCAUAUUAGGUAAGCAAUGUAGUUAUACAUGAAUGUAAGCUCUUUGUGGACACUGCUAGAUUCAUGAUGGCCAGGUUGCAUUUUAAAGCAGUUACUGAUAGAUUUUCUUCAACUUUUUAAUUUUUUUCCUGAAAGAAUGAAGCCCGGUUACACUUGCAGUAAUGUGCAGCUAUGAAACCACGUGAGUCAGAAUUAUUUUACAGCCUGUUUCUUGCUCUUAAUUAAAUUCCAUAUCUGGAUGAUUCAUUUAUCAAUAUAGCGAAGGGUGAUUCUGAUCUUGAAUGGCAAAUUACAUAAUUGAGGAGAAUGUUUUUGUUGAUGUUUUGUAUUGUGUCUGCAGUGAAACUUGAAACGGAACGAGCUUCCACUUUUGUCUUUGUUUUUCAUAAUAAUAAAGGACUGGCAUUGUUGUUUUAUUUUUCAAAG